AUGUGGCCUAGGCGCGCCGUGCUGUGCCGUUAGCAACAACCGGGUAAUGUGGAGCUGACAUCCCAGCCGAAUCACGAAGUCAGAAUAAUCAUUAAUCGGCUAUACGUGUACUAUACGCAGCUGUAUCUGAGCCGACAUGCCUCCGAAGAAACCCGCAGCGCCCGCGGGGAAUAAAAAAACUCAAGAGAAGAAAAAGGAAAAGAUAAUUGAGGACAAGACAUUUGGUUUGAAGAACAAGAAAGGGGCCAAACAACAGAAGUACAUCAAGAACGUCACUCAGCAAGUGAAAUAUGGACAGCAAAGUGCCAGACAGGCUGCCCAGGCUGAGGCAGACAAGACCACAAAGAAGGCAGAUAAAAAGAAGGAGUUGGACGAACUCAACGAGCUGUUUAAACCUGUAGUUGCUGCCCAGAAAGUCAGCAAAGGUGUUGACCCAAAGUCAGUGCUGUGUGCGUUCUUCAAGCAGGGCCAGUGUACUAAAGGUGACAAGUGCAAGUUCAGCCAUGAUCUGUCUAUGGAGAGGAAGUGUGAGAAGAGGAGUGUCUAUGUGGAUGAAAGAGAUGAAGACCUGGAGAAAGACACCAUGGAGAACUGGGAUGAGAAGAAGCUGGAAGAGGUGGUCAACAAAAAACACGGAGAGGCUGAAAAGAAGAAAGCCAAAACACAAAUUGUGUGUAAGUACUUCUUGGACGCCAUAGAGAAUAAUAAGUACGGCUGGUUCUGGGUGUGUCCAGGAGGUGGCGAUAGUUGUAUGUACCGACAUGCCCUUCCACCUGGUUUCGUAUUGAAAAAAGACAAGAAAAAGGAGGAGAAAGAAGAGGAAAUUUCGUUGGAGGAGCUGAUAGAAAAUGAGCGUGCAGCUCUGGGACCUGAUGUGACCCGAAUCACGUUGGAGACUUUCCUGGCUUGGAAGAAGAGGAAAAGGCAGGAGAAGGUGGACAGAGCAAGAGAGGAGAUGGAGAAGAAGAAGGCCGACUUUAAGGCUGGGAAGUCGUUAGUGGUGAGCGGCCGUGAGGUGUUUGAGUUCCGUCCAGAGUUGGUCGACGAUGACGAUGCCGAAGCCACUGACACUAAAUACGCCAACAGUGAUGAGGAAGAUGAUGAUGAGGAACAGAUUAAUAUUGCAGAGGUCCAGGACAUAGACUUAUCCCGUUUUGUUCCACAAGAGGUCGACAACACAGGCAUUACCGUAGCAUCAACUGACCGUUUCACAUCAAGGAGUAAGACUCAAAGAAAGGAAACAGACAAUGAGGAGCAGCUAAACGGAGCCUGUGGAGGUGCUGAGGCCAAUGGUCUUUCGGGAGCAGAGGGAGGCGGGGAAGAUGGAGGAGGGGAGGAUGCAGAGGAGGACGAGGAGGAAGAGGAGGUACCGGUGGAUGAGAACCUGUUCACGGGCGAAGAUCUGGAGGAGCUUGACGAGGAGCUGAACACACUGGCGCUGGAGGACUGAGAGGGAGCGUGAGACUGAGGGAGUGUGAGGAGGACACAAGACAGACUCUGACAAAGGGAGGGACUGAUGGAUGCAUGGAGCUAAACAACAAAGAGACCAGGUUUUUGAUUUUAAUUUCAGAGACUCCAGUAAUAAAGCCUGAUAAUAUCAUCUCA